AUGGCGCUUCUUCGUCAAGCGUCUUUAUGGACGUUGUUCCUACUGGUCGCUUUGGCUUUCGCCCAUGGCGGCCAUGAGAAUAUCCCCCAGGGCGAACCGAUCUCCCAAGAUCCUAUUGAUUCGACAUUAUGGACUCAUAUGAUUCUGAUGGGUCUCGCUUUUGGUAUUAUCUUCCCGACGGGAAUGGUCCUCGGGAUCACCCGCUCCCGCUGGCACGUCCCCGUUCAAAUCGUCGGCACUGUCAUCGCUGUGCUCGCCUACUUCCUCGGUCAUGCCCACAAAGGCCGCCAAUUCGACAAGAACCUGCACGCCUCUUUCGCAAACUGGCUGAUGCUGAUGCUGGUCGCGCAAGUCGUGCUCGGCGCCUACCUCAAGCUACACCUCGUGAAGGCGGGCCAGGCGCGUAUUCGUUGGAUCUUCGUCCUGGCUCACGGCGUCCUCGGCAAGAUCAUGCCCGUUGUCAGCUGGGCACAGAUGCUCUUCGGCGGGAUCGCGGCGCUCGGUUUCUGUCGCGAUGAUCACCUCGGACAGUGUCUGGCGCAUUUCAUCAUGGGCUCUGCUUUCAUCGCGUAUGGUAUCUGUUUGACUAUUCUCUUGCUGGUCGGUCAGUACUGGUUGCGUCGCACUGGUCGCAGCCAGGAGUUCUUCGACUCGCUUAUCAUCGCCGCUUGGGGCUGUGUCAAUACUUUCACCGAGCACCGAUGGGGUCAGCCGUGGGUGCACAAUGAUCUGCAGCACACUACUAUGGGUAUCGUCUGGUGGUGCGCUGGUCUGCUCGGUAUGUGGCUCAGUCGCAGCCGCAGCGGCCGUCCUAAGCGCAAUCUUAUCCCCGCCCUUGUCAUCUUGAUGACUGGAUAUGCUAUGUCGGCUCAUCCGCAGACAUUGAUGAUCAGUACUAUGAUCCACUCUAUCUUCGGAUAUACUUUGAUGGCUGCUGGUUUGGUUCGCAUCAUUGAGAUCUCGUUCGUGCUAAAGGACAAGCCUGCUCUUUCUGAGCCGAACAGCUUCCAAUACCUGACUCCAUUUUUGCUCUUUGCCUCCGGCUUCCUCUUCAUGGGCGCUACCGAGGAGCAGAUGCUCUUGCUGCACAACGCAGGCAUCACCCACGUGGCCUACGUCUUGAUCCUCUACAGCAUUGCUUUCCUCCUCUUCCUAUUCGUCAACAUCCUCCUCCACAUCUACGCCGUCCACGCCUGGCCAAACUCCGAUUCCACUAACCAGGACGGGCCCAUGUACUCCAACCUCAACGGGAACGCUAAUGGUCGUGCGCGCUCGAACUCCCAGCAGAUUCAAGAUGCCGAGGCCUUCGAGCUCCACGGUUUGAUCUCCGAUGAGGAUGAGGAGGGUCCUUCCAUGGGACCGCGCAAGAACAGUGAUGAAGAACUUGGAAAAGUGGAGGGUCGUCACUGA